GCGCCCGGAUGGAGGCGCCCGGCCCGGGGUCCCGGCGCGCGGCGGCCAGCAUGCUCCUGCGCGCGGCGCGGGUGCCCCGCGAGUGCUGGGCGCUGCCCACGGCGCUGCUGUGCGCCUACGGCUUCUGCGCCAGCCUGCGGCCGUCCGAGCCCUUCCUCACGCCCUACCUGCUGGGGCCCGACCAGAACCUCACGGAGCGCCAGGUGUUCAACGAGAUCUACCCGGUGUGGACCUACUCGUACCUGGUGCUGCUCUUCCCCGUGUUCCUGGCCACCGACUACCUCCGCUACAAGCCCGUGGUCCUGCUGCAGGGCCUCAGCCUUAUCGUCACCUGGUUCAUGCUGCUCUACGCGCGGGGCCUGCUGGCCAUCCAGUUCCUGGAGUUCUUCUACGGCGUGGCCACGGCCACGGAGGUGGCCUACUACUCGUACAUCUACAGCGUGGUGGACCCGAGCAUGUACCAGAAGGUCACCAGCUACUGCCGCAGCGCCACGCUGGUGGGCUUCACCGUGGGCUCCGUGCUCGGGCAGAUCCUGUUCUCCGUGGCCGGCUGGUCCCUGUUCAGCCUCAACGUCAUCUCCCUCACCUGCGUCUCCGUGGCCUUCGCCGUGGCCUGGUUCCUGCCCAUGCCCCAGAAGAGCCUCUUCUUCCACCACAGUCCCUCUGCCCGCCAGGGCCCGAAUGGCAUCAAGGUCCAGAACGGGGGCCUCGUCCCGGACCCGUCCACUGGCCACCACCUGCCCGGCUGGGAGGACAUCGAAUCCAAAAUGCCCCUGAACCUGGAGGAGGCCCCGCUGCGAGAGCCGGAGGCCGGCCCCGCUCAGCUGCUGGCGCUGAAGGUCCUGUGGGACGACUUCCUCGCCUGCUACUCCUCGCGCCCGCUGCUGUGCUGGUCGGUGUGGUGGGCGCUGUCCACCUGCGGCUACUUCCAGGUGGUCAACUACACGCAGGGCCUGUGGGAGCAGGUGGUGCCGUCCCGCCAAGCGGCCAUCUACAACGGCGGGGUGGAGGCCGUGUCCACGUUGCUGGGGGCCGUCGCUGUGUUUGCCGUGGGCUACGUCAAGAUCUCCUGGUCCACCUGGGGGGAGGUGGCGCUGUCCCUGUUCUCGCUGCUGAUCGCCGCCGCCGUGUACGUCAUGGACACGGCGAACAACAUCUGGGUGUGCUACGCCUGCUACGUGGUCUUCCGCAUUAUCUACAUGCUGCUCAUCACCAUAGCGACUUUCCAGAUUGCGGCCAGCCUUAGCAUGGAGCGCUACGCCCUGGUGUUUGGCGUCAACACCUUCAUCGCGCUGGCACUGCAGACGCUGCUGACGGUCAUCGUGGUCGACGCCAGUGGCCUGGGCUUGGAUAUAUCCACGCAGUUCCUGAUCUACGCCGGCUAUUUCGCCCUCAUCGCCGUGGUCUUCCUGGCCAGCGGUGCCGUCAGCGUCAUGAAGAAGUACCGGCAGCGGGAGGGGCCCGGGCCAAGUUCUCCAGCGGCAACUCCCUAAGGGAGAAUGACAACAUCCUCGGCCCAGCACCGCUGCUGUUUCUCUGUCGGUGGAAGGUGUCGAUGGACCUUUGAGGGACACGUUUCGUGGCUUCCAAGCAGCGACUUUCCGAGUCAACCUCUCAGUUCCUGAGCUUCGUACUCUUCGGAGGAUCCUGCCACGUUGAUCUCCUGGACUCAUUUUGCAGUGC